CACGCGCCACAACUAUAAACCAUCACCCACCAUCGUCCCCCUCGUGAAAACACAAAAACCCUAACGAAGAACCCAACUCUUUCAUCAUCUCUCUAACCAUGGAUCCCUACAAGUUCCUCAACAUCACCCGGAACUCCGAUGGCACUCUUGACCGCUCCUCCUCCCUUGCCUCUCUCACCACCCCCAACUCCUCCCUCUCCAAGGACCUCCCACUCAACCUCUCCCUCCACACCUCCAUCCGCAUCUUCCAUCCUAACCCUAACCCUAACUCUAACCCUAAUUCUCUUCUACCCAUCAUCCUCUACUUCCACGGCGGCGGUUUCAUCCUCUUCAGCUCAUCCUCCACCUUCUUCCACAACUCCUGCACCACCCUCGCCACCCAAAUCCCCGCCCUCAUCAUCUCCGUCGACUACCGCCUCGCCCCGGAACACCGUCUCCCCGCCGCCUACGAAGACGCCAUGGACGCUCUUCUCUGGCUCAAAUCUCAAUCCCAAAACCCCACCCAUCCAUGGCUCUCCUCCGGGAUCGACUUCUCCCGUUGCUUCCUCAUGGGCAGCAGCUGCGGCGCCAACAUUGCCUACCAAGCCGGCUUACGCACCACCGACAUGGAUCUAGAACCACUCAAGAUCGCCGGAAUUAUCAUGAAUCAACCCUAUUUCGGGGGGAUUGAGAGAACAGAAUCAGAAAAAAUGAUGGUGGAUGACAAGGUCGUACCUUUGGCGGCAAAUGAUCUGAUGUGGGAGCUGGCGUUGCCGGAGGGGAUGGAUAGGGAUCAUGAGUACAGUAAUCCGGGAAAAGGGGAUGUUGUGAGGAUGAGGAAAUUGGGGAGGUGUUUGGUGAGAGGGUAUUUGGGGGAUCCGUUGGUGGAUAGGGCGAGGGAGAUUGGGAGGAUGUUGGAGAAGGAAGGAGUGAGGGUGGAUUUGAAAGUGGAUUUGGAAGGGCACCAUGGAAUUGAGUUGUUGAAGGAGGAGAAACUUGAGGAACUUGCGGAGGAUAUUAGAAAGUUUGUUAGUGCAUGUGGCCUCGCUUCUUUGUGACUUGAUUUUUGUUGUUGGUUAAUUUAGGGAUGAAUGAUUUGUAAUGAUUAUAGUAGGGUGUUUGUGUUUGUGUUGUGUUUUGUUUUGUUUUGUUUGUGAGUAGGUUGAAUUAA